AUGGUUGCGGUGCGUCUAUCGUUGCGCUUUGCAGUGUAUCUGGUGCUGGUGUUCGGAUGGCAACAGGCGAUCGGUAACGUGAUCCUGCAGGACAACAGCGUGGACGGGACGGAGCCAGUGAUCGAUCUGUCUCAUCUCGGUCCGGAGUUAUACGGUGUGCCGGACGAAGCCGUCGGCAAGCGAGUGGCCGAGUUCAACCCAGCGACCGACGGUGGUAACGUCGAAGAACUGGGCAGCUAUCUCGAGGGCGACAUUCUGAUCGAUCGUCCCGAAGGACGCAACGGUCUGGCAAGCACGUCUACCCGCUGGCCCAACGGAGUGGUACCGUUCGUGAUAUCCGGAAACUUCGAUGCCAAAGGAAUGCAGCUCAUCGAGGAAGCCAUGAAGCAGUUCCACACCAAAACGUGCAUCCGUUUCAAGCCGCGGAUGGCCGAAAAGGACUACAUAUCGAUCGAGAGCUCCUCCAGCGGUUGUUGGUCCAGUGUGGGACGGAUCGGAGGCAAACAGACGGUUAACCUGCAGAUCCCCGGGUGCACAUCGCUGGUUGGAACCGCGAUACACGAGUUAACGCACGCUCUCGGGUUUCUGCACGAACAGAAUCGUGAAGAUCGUGAUGGCUUUGUUACAAUCCGACAUGAAAACAUUAAAGCCGGUACGGCUAGCAACUUCGAUAAGGCGCAGACCGGCUCAACUAACAACUUUGGGGUGCAGUACGACUACGGCAGCAUCAUGCACUACUCGGAGAAUGCAUUUUCCUCGAACGGCAAACCCACGAUCGUGGCCAAGCGCUCCGGUGGUAAUAAGAUGGGCCAACGCAGUGGUUUCUCCGCCAGUGAUCUAACUAAGGUGCGCGCCAUGUACAAAUGCUCGGGAUCUACAUCUUCGUCAUCGUCUUCGUCUUCGUCCUCCACGUCAUCGUCAUCGGGGGGUUCGUCGAAACCCCAGCGCCCGAUUCGUCCCCAGAGACCUUCUCGACCGGGCGCACAGGUGGCCGGUUCCAUCGUGAACCUGAUCGGAGGUCUUUUCGGUGAUGAGGAUUCCAAUUCGACCACAACGGCCGGCUCGGCUGACAACGCACGCCGCUAG